UGUCGGAAAAAAGGCUGCGAGGCUCUCAGCAGUGCCAGUAAAAAUUACAAAUUGUGUUAUUUUUUUCAUGAACUUGAAAGGAUUCUAUAAAAUACCCUGAAGAGUCCAGACAUUUUAAAAAGCUAAAGCUUAGCAAAAUUGAAUACAAUAAAAAAUAAUAAUGGUGCGAGUACUUUUCAUGCAUCCCGAUUUGGGUAUUGGUGGAGCAGAACGUCUUGUUGUCGAUGCAGCUUUAGCUUUACAACAUAAAGGACAUAUCGUUAGUUUUUUAACUAAUCAUCAUGAUAAAAGUCAUUGCUUUGAAGAAACUCGAAAUGGUUCAAUACGUGUUGAAACAGUUGGUGAUUGGUUGCCUCGCAAAAUAUUUGGUGGACUUUAUGCAUUUUGUGCUUAUUUCAGAAUGGUUUAUGCAGCAAUUUAUACUAGUUUAAUAUUUUCAAGACGUGAAAAAAUAGAUAUAAUUUUCUGUGAUCAAAUUUCAAUGGGGAUCCCAUUUUUAAGAUUAGCCAAAUAUAAGCCAAAAAUAAUUUUCUACUGUCACUUUCCUGAUCAAUUAUUAUCGCAGAAAGGGGGAAUGAUUAAAACAGCCUAUCGUACUCCUUUAAACUAUUUAGAAGAAGUUACAACUGGAAGAGCAGAUCGUGUAUUAGUCAAUAGCAAAUUUACUAGAAAUAUAUUUCGAAAAACCUUUAAAAGACUAGACAUCACUCCAGAUGUGUUGUACCCUUCAUUGAACACAACCUUCUUUGAUGAUACGCAGGUUAAAGAUGAUGAAAUCGAUUUGAAGCUGUCAAAAGAUGCUUUUAUUUAUUUAUCAAUAAAUCGUUUUGAAAGAAAAAAAAAUUUAGCUUUAGCAAUUGAAUCUUUUAACCAGCUGCAAGCAGUACUAAAUCCACCGGAAUGGAAUCGUUGUUUUUUGAUAAUAGCUGGUGGUUAUGAUGUUCGCGUUAAUGAAAAUAUUGAAUACUUUAAUGAAUUAGAAGAAUUAGCUCGUGAAUUAGGUGUUGCAAAUAAAGUAAUAUUUCUAAAAUCACCAUCUGAUAUUGAAAAAAUAUAUUUAUUAAAGAAAUGUAGUUGCUUAAUUUAUACACCAGAGAAUGAACAUUUUGGUAUAGUACCUUUAGAAGCAAUGUAUAUGACAAAACCAGUUGUAGCAGCCAACAGUGGUGGUCCUACAGAAACGAUUAUCCAUGAAUCAACUGGAUUACUUUGUGAUCAUAAUAAAAUGGCUUUCGCCAAAGCUAUGAUAAGAUUAAUUAGAGACCGCCCCUUAUUAGAACGUAUGGGUGAAAUGGGAAGAAAGCGCGUUCAACAGAAAUUUUCUUUUGAAGCGUUUGCUGAUAAAACAGACUGUAUUGUUAUGGAAUGUAUAAGUCAAGAUAAAAUUAAGAGUUCAUAAAUUUUAAAGAAAUAUUUCUAUAUUAAUAUUAGAAUGCAAACCGAUUACAUUAUAACUUGUAUUUCAUACAAUUAUUAACGGAAUUUUCUUAAAUCAGAGUAAAUUUUGGAUUUUUAUUGAAAAAUGUUAUAUAAACAUUAUUCGUAGUUCAGAGCAUUUAAAACGUAUUCCAAGUACAAUUAGAAAUAAUUUUGUUAUUUUUAAUUCUUUAUAAUCAAUUCAUAGGCUUUUAAUUCAAUUUUAGAGAUAAAUAAGAAAAAAAUUAUUUGUUUUUUCAAAUAUUAAAUUUUUGGAAUGAUAUAAAUAAAAACAUGAGUUUUAACAAAGUUGUAUGGCACAAUUAUAUCAAAAAUUAAAUUGCAAUUAAUUUAUAUAAAAAUUAAUUGCAAGGAACUCGCUCGUGAAAUAUAAAUUUAACCAAAAAAUUUUUAGAACCCUAAUAUCCAUGUACGCAUUAUGUAGUUAGAAUAUGUAGAUUAUUAUACAUACAUACAUAUAUUGAAAAUUAUUUCUACAUAAGUAAUAUAAUUUUUAUUUUUAAUUAAAGGAAAACUUAAAAAACAUUUUGCACAUACGUACAACAUUUAAAAUAAAAAUAAAAUUUCAAAAACACA